AUGGAAGAUAUCAUGGUGCUUGGGAAGAGAGGCUACAAUGUGGGUGUCACGCUGGGGGAAGGAUCAUACGGCAAGGUGAAAGCAGCCUACUGCGACAGACUGAAAUGCAACGUGGCAAUAAAGAUUAUCGACAAGAGGAAAACGCCUCAGGAUUUCUUGGAAAAGUUUCUGCCCAGGGAAAUAGCUGCUUUGAAACGUAUGAACCACCCCUCAAUAGUCAGAACCUACGAGAUAUUUGAAACAUUCGUUGGCAAAGUGUACAUCAUAAUGGAGCUGGGGGUAAGGGGAGACCUUCUGGACUACAUCAAGGUUACCGGAGCCAUGAAAGAGGACAUCGCCAAGAGAAAGUUUCUGCAGUUGGCGUCUGCCAUCAGGUACUGCCAUGACAUGGAUCUUGCUCACAGGGACCUGAAAUGUGAGAACAUCCUUCUUGAUAAAGACCUCAACAUCAAGCUGUCAGACUUUGGCUUUUCCAAAACCUUAACUCGGGAUGAAAAUGGGCAAAUUGCGCUCAGUAAAACAUUCUGUGGGUCUGCUGCUUAUGCAGCCCCCGAAGUGCUACAGGGCAUUCCUUGUAAUCCCAAGCUUUGUGACAUUUGGAGCCUGGGGGUCAUCCUAUAUAUCAUGGUCUGUGCAUUAAUGCCAUUUGAUGAUUCUAACAUCAGAAAAAUGGUCUGGGUUCAGAAACAACACAAGAUUCACUUCCCCAAGUCCAGACACCUGACUGCAGCAUGCAAGGACCUCAUUUACCGCAUGCUGCAGCCAGAUGUGUCUCUAAGGCUGAACAUAGAUCAAGUUUUAGGCCACCCUUGGUUGCAGACUCCAGAACCUGCACAACCUUCAACAGCACCAGCUGAAGAAGAGGGCGAGUGUUCCCAGAACCUGCAAGAGCAAAAAUCUGAGCCAAACCAGCAAGCAGAAUCGCAGCCUGCAGAAAAGGAAGGAGAGGGGGAAAAGGAAUCCUCUUAG